AAGGCGCACACCAUCUCUCUGUCUCAUAUUCUGUUUUCUCUCUCUGAAAUCUUCAUUGAGAGAAUGGCCCAGCACUGCAGAUCCAAAUCCCCAUUUUAUCUGCUUUUCAUGUUUCCUCUCCAAACCUCUCAUAAAAAUCUCUCUUUUAUUUUUGGCUCUCUCUGCUUUUUUCUUAUUAUGUUUCUUCCACUCUAAUGUCUUCUUCUUCUUUUCUCUACUUUAUUCUGUAACAUAGCAAGUGUCCACGCACAAUGAACUGCAUCCUUCACUUUUCUCCUUCUUCUUCUUCUUCUUCAGGUUUUCCUUCCUUUGGAACCGAGGGUGACACACUGCUACAUCUUGUUUAAUUGAAACUGUGUUCUUGUUUAUGGCAUUAUUGGAAAUGGGCGCAAACGUGCAAUGUGACGGCUACUUUCCAGGAUAUUAUUCAGCAAGAGAUCUCCUAUUUGAAUCUGAACGCAGCCCAUGGACCUCAUCUAAUGUUAACAGUGAGCUUAAGAAUGAGUUGCAUUACGUUGGUUCCUUGCCGGUAUCAUCGCCUUGUAACCUUCUAGGCUACAACAAGGAACUUCUAAAACAGACAAUACUCAAGCAUGAAGCCAUAUUCAGGGACCAAAUUCAUGAGCUCCACCGCAUUUAUAACAAACAGAAGGAGUUGAUGGAAGAUAUUAAAAGAAAUGAAUCAUAUAAACAGCACUUGAGGUUGGAGGCAUCAUCAUGGUCAGCUUCUUCUUUGCCAUCCAAAAAUGCCCAAAAGAUAUCUUACUCGCCAAACUUGCCGUGGUCUACGGCUCAAUCAUUGCCACCGGGGGCUUCUCUACAAGAGAACGGCAAGAAAAUAUGUCCCACUCCUGUUCCGAUAGUGACCGAAGAAUCUUUCAAAGAUUCUAAACCAUCAGAAUCCAAAUACAGAAAAGUUGGCAAAAAGAUAUUGGAUCUUCAGCUUCCGGCUAACGAAUACAUUGAUAGUGAAGAAGGUGAAUGUUUAGAAAACGGAAGUGUCACUGAUGUGCUGCAAGUCUCAGCUUAUUCUUUAAAUGGAUCUUCCAAAGUUGUGUGUGGCAAUGGUGAGAAACCAUAUGGAAUCAAUUCUAAUGGUUUUGCUGGCUUAAAUUUACAAUUUAAGCUUGAAGAAGCAACUUCAAAGUCUUAUGAUUCGGCAGCCCCUUCACAUAAUAGGAACAAUGCCUUUUAUGAUCUGUCAAAGACAACAAAAUUGAGCUAUCAGAAUUUUCCAAAUGAUGUCAUUUGGAAUUUGAACAAGCGAAAGGAUCCUGAAAAUUUCUCAGGAAACCCUCUGUUGGAACAGAGAAAGAUACAGGAGCAGAUGUGUAGAGGGCAAAGUGGUGGUGCAUUGGAUUCUUUUUCCAAAGUUAUUUGUACAGGAAAGCAAUCUGAUUCAAUUGAACCAUUAAGAAAGAAUAUGGAACAAUUUAAUGACCCUCCAUAUUUUCAUCCAUUAAAUCAUGUUAGCGAACCUUGGCCAGUGAGGAAGUUUUCUAGCAAUGGUUCACAAGUUCAAGGUUUCAUGAGUAAUGGCUCACUUGGAUCCAGCAAUGCACCUCACACAUGCUCUCAAUAUGAUAAGUUAAGUUCUGGGAUUUCACCCGCUGAGUUAUGGAAAACACCUGCUUACUGUGGCCAAAGCUCAAUAGCAGUUCCGGCACUUCCAUUUUUAAGCUCUUCAGUAUCAUUGGGUCAAAGUUCUAAAUCAUUGAUGGGAAUUUCAGUGUUCACUCAAGAUGAGAGUUAUCAGUGUAAAAGUGGUAAACCUGGCCAUGAUUUAGAUGGCCGACACUUUCUUCUGGGCAGCAGGUCCAAGCCGUUGGAUCUUCCAUCAAUUAGUUCUAAUGAUCCCAAUAGCAGUGCCAAGCACGAUUCAUUGGAUAGCGAUGAGCUUCGGAUGAAUAUCAUGGGUUCUAAAGAUGUGGGAACUCUCAAGAAUCUAAACCUGAAUAUUGCACCUGCUGGUUAUUUUGAUAUAACAGCACUUCAAAGCAUUCAGAUUCCUAGAAAAGAAAAUAACCUUCAGGAUUCAAGUAGGGGGCUGCCAUGGCUUAAGGAAAAGGUUGUAUUCAAAGGAAAACAGAGUGAAGGGAGUAAAAUUGCUACCCAGAUUGAUUCUGUUUUCACAAAUUCUUGUAAUGUGGAGUUAAAGAAGACUGAGGAGAGUGACCUUAGUGCGGAUAAGAUUCUUGCGCUUCACUGUAAUGAGGGGCCUCAAAUGUCGUCUGAUCGUCAACCUUUGCAUGUCCCGAACCAAUUGAAAAGCCAAGGUGCUGAUGGAAUUGAGGGAAAAUGCAUAUUUGAUGGAAAGUUAUCUUGCAUUCAAUCACUACCCCCUGCUGAGUAUACAGGGAAGAAUGAGCAGAAGAAACAAGAAUCUCUGGCUGGUAUUAUUGACCUAAAUUCAUGCAUGAUUGAGGAAGAGAAUAUGCUGAUGGAGGUUGAUCUCCAGGCACCUAUCAGUCCAGAAAACAAGGAAUGCUCGCCGCCUAGAGGAGAAUCCAAUGAAAACCAGCUUGAGAUGCCAUUUCAAUUGGCAGGACAAGAGGAUCCGGAAGCGCAAGAGGAGCAAGCUAGAGUUGCUGCCGAGGCUUUGGUUACCAUAUCAGGAUUUGUGGACAACAAUGGUCUCAAAAAGACAACUUGUUUAUUGUCCGAAUCUUCUGCAAGAAGUCCUCUUCACUGGUUUGCUGGCAUUGCUUCCACAGCAGCAGAUCAUCCAGAGAAUAAUGCAGGUUGGAGCAGUGCAGCGAACAAUCUCGAUGACUUUUCUCCUAUCAACAUUGAUUACUUUGAGUUCAUGACCUUAAAUUUGACCGAGACAAAAGUCCUAGAUUGCUGCUAUAGUAACACUAUUGGCCAGAUGGAGCAAGUAGGCGGAUCAACUUCGCCAACUCAGCCAAGGAAGGGCCGGCCAAAUAGGGGAAGGUGGCGGAAGGACUUCCAAAGCGAAAUCCUCCCUAGCCUUGCUUCUUUGACAAGGUACGAGGUGACCGAGGAUCUUCAGAUCAUAGGAGGUCUUGUAGCUGCUGGUACCCACUCGGAAACAGGUUCUCUAAGAAGUGCAGGUAAAAAUGUGUCAGCCAGGGGGCGCCGUCGAUCCGGUACUUCGAUUUCUAACAACACAGAGUUGCAUUUGAGCAAGCUAACUAGUACCACUGGAUUUGGAACUGAGAAAGGGUGCCUAAUAAGCUGGGGAAAGAUUUGUAGAAAGAGAAGGGGGAAGAGACUUCCCACUACUAAACCCCAUCAUAUUUUGAACCAAGUAUAUAACUAAUUCUAAGAUUAAUUCCAUGGACUUUGGACGAA